AAACAACAUUAGAAACAAAACAGCAACAUUAAAUACAAAAUUGCCAAUGACGUAUUUGCCAUAGGGCACAUAGUUUUAGGGUGGGGCCUGUAGAUUGGUGGUUUGCAUUUUCAGUGUCAGUAUUCCAUGCUGAAACAGAAAGUCCUUUUUCCCGCUCUUGUAUAUUUCCAUUCUUUCUCUCUUGGGAUUGUUCUUGAUAGUUCUCAAAGAAUCACUUCAAAAAACAGGUAGGCCUUCACCGUUCAAUGUUCACAAUUCUUUUUAUGCUGACAUUUCAUACUGGAUUAUAUGUUGCAGUUUUAUUUGCAUAAGUGGCGUAAUCAUCCAGUUUAACAUCAGAGUUUUUCGGCUUGAGGUGUUUCUGUUAAAGAGCAGUUCAUUUAUUUAGAUUGUAAAAGGUCUUAGAUAUAUUUGACCACAUUAAACUACGCUGUGCAUUGUAUUAUUAUGUGUGUUAUGAGUGUGGUGAUAUCACAUGUGGUCAAACAAGUUUGCAGUGCAAUGGAUUUAUCUGCCACAGCAUUGAAGUGGAAGAUUUAAUUUGUUCUUGGAAACCUGUGUGAAUACAUGUCAAUCUAAAUUAAGUGAGUGAUAGGCAUUCUCAUGAUGGGCAAAUGCAGACUGUGCGGAGUUACUGCACUUUCUAUUUCCAAUAUCUUUCCAUAUUUUUUUAACAUCUAUUCCAAUAAAAAAUAUUGUUCAAAUAAGACAUUUUCAGUAACAUGUGUUGAUACUACCAACCUUUUAUUAUAUUCUAUUUCUCCAAGAUUGUAAAGACCUGGUUCAAGCACUCAUCAACAUUGAAAUACUGAAACAGAAACUUAAAGGCAAAUGGACUCCAGCCACAGUGCUCAAUUUUUGGAUGAGCACAGAGCAGAGCUCAUUCAGAGAUUCACCAAUGUUAUGCCCCUGGCUGACAAACUGCGCUCCAAGGGCAUGCUCCAUAACGAAGCCUACAAUAAGAUCAGGACAGAAAGAACCCGAGAGGAGAAGAUGAGGCUAAUUUUUGAUGCUGUGUCUGGAGUGGACAAGAAGAAGUAUUUUCUAUAUAAAUUGCUGCAUGAGAUUGAACCAGAUCUGAUGAAAGAGCUGGAUAUGUGCAUACGCAAAGGAGAUAAUAAGAGGAAAAGGCAUUUGUCAUCUUUGACAAAUGAGAGACAAGUGAAAAGAAGACUCAUCGAUGAGGGCGGUGAGGAUGAUGAUAACGAUGAUGAAGAGUACGAUCAGGAAGAAUAUGAUGAAGAAGAGGAAGAACUUGGGGAGGAGGAGGAAGAACGAGAUUAUUAUGAGGAGGGGGAGGAGGAGGAAGAGGAAGAUGAGGACGAGGAAGAAGAAGGAGAAGAGGAAGAAGAAGAAGAAGAAGAAGAAGAGGAGGGUUACUAA